UGGCAGCAACGCCCCGGGACGGCCAAGCUGGAAGGUGGAGUAGCUGAAGAAGGCGGCGGGCUGCCUCGCGCCGGAGGUAGAGUGAGUGUGCUUUAUGGACCAUGUGCUGCUAUGUAUGCCCGAAGUACUUGAAAUGCAAAUUUGGAGAGACUUUGCCGUCUAAAUGCUUGGCUGGAUUAAACGCCUAAUUAGGAUGGUUUUUCAACAGGUUGGAAACAUGCAGUCGGUACUUUGGUCUGGGAAGCCAUAUGGUUCAUCUCGAAGUAUCGUAAGGAAAAUUGGUACUAAUUUAUCUCUGAUCCAGUGUCCAAGAGUUCAAUUUCAGCUUACCAGCCCUACAACUGAAUGGAGCCCCAGCAAUCCAGAAGAGGAUGCAGUGGUGUCUUUUGCUGAUAUCGGAUGGGUAGCCAAAGAAGAUGGAGAGUGUUCAACAAGACGAAGGGCGGAGGUCAGGUCAAGGCAGCCCCUUCAGGAUGAACUUCCCUUCUUUGAGCAGCCCCCAAGCAGGCAGUUUUCCUUCCCAAGCCUGUCUCCAGAAGAGCCUCAGCUGCAGACCACGAUACUGGCCAACGAGGAAGCACUGCAGAAGAUCUGUGCCCUUGAGAGUGAACUUGCUGCUCUCAGAGCUCAGAUCGCUAAAAUUGUGACCCUGCAGGAACAGCAAAAUCUCAGUGCAGGUGAUUUAGAUUCUACCACAUCUGUUGCCACAGCACCGCCCUCUGUCCCACCAGCUCCCCCUCUGCCGCCUCCCCCUCCACCCCCUCCCCUCCCCCCAUCAGUGUUCCACCAAAACACAUCAGUUAUUGAUCUGAUUAAGGAACGAAAGGAGAAAAACGCCCGUGCUGGGAAGACUUCGGUCAAGAACAGUCCAAAGAAACCUGCUAUGCCAAAUAUGCUCGAGAUCCUUAAAGACAUGAAUAGUGUGAAACUGCGGUCAGUAAAAAGGUCAGACCAGGAUGCAAAGCCCAAACCAGUGGAUGCUGCUGACCCUGCUGCCCUCAUAGCAGAGGCUCUGAAAAGGAAGUUUGCUUAUCGGUAUCGAAGCGAUAGCCAAGGUGAAGCUGAAAAAGGAAUUCCAAAGUCUGAACCAGAGGUCUCCUCAGAAAGAGUGUUGUUUGGGCCACACAUGUUGAAGUCUACAGGAAAAAUGAAGGCUUUAAUUGAAAACGUUUCAACUUCCUAACAGACAGUGAACUGAGAAAGACUCUCCUAGUUCUGCUGCUGGUUUGUUAGGGCUAUUUGGCUAGUAGAAAUCAACACUAUUUGGUAAAUGCCUGAAUUUAGUAUUCAGUGGUCUCCUUUUAAGUUUCAUUAGAGGAUUAAGCUGUAACAAAAGCACUCUGCUUUUAAGAGAAGGUCAGUUCUCAAGUUUUCCAUAACAUAUGUGUAUUCUGACAUAACAUGAUUUUAACCUAUAGCUAGGAUGUUUAGGUUUUCAGUCUUGAAAACAACUACUUGGAUUUCAGAAAAAAGAAAGGACAUUUGUAGAUGUCAGUUUUUAAUUCCUAACACUAACUUAUCUGUACAGAUGUUUUAUGUGCAUAUAUUUGGAUAUGAAAUAGCAGGUAAAUUUAAGCAGUGGCAGCAAUGAGGGUGUGUUAGUGUCAUUCCUUUUCAAUGAUCAUUUCUAUUUAAUGACGGAACAGCUGGUAUUAUCCAAGUUGUUGAGUGAACGUGCAAGGUUGGACUAUCUUCUUGCCUUGAACAGAACUUUUAGCAUAGAUUCUCGCUCACAUUUUCAUGGAGAUGGGGUUUGAGUAAGGAACCAGACAAUGUUUGCUGCUGAAAUUCCAUAAUGCUUUCCUUUAGAGGGAAGUCAAGGAUCAUGAAAACUGUUUUCACCCAGUGCCAUCCAGUGCUGAGGAAGAAAAUGUAGUUUUCAAAUAGUGAGGAAUGAAAUUAUUGAAUUAAAUAUCUUUUUAAGUAAAACCAGAAUGUACCAUCUUCUUUUUCUUUCAGCUUAAUACUUUUGGGAAUGUCAGCCUAAUGGAGUUUAAAAUAUUUUAAUACUGGUCAAAAUAGUAGCUUUAUAAUUAAACACUGAAUAGGCAAAAGAAUUUUCUGUAAGUUGCUGAUCAUUGGUCAGAAUGCUGCUCUGUUGAAUUACAUUGUGCAGCAUAAACCUGAGGCGAUUUAUUAGGAAGUGCGGAGCUGCCCUUCUCACCCAGGGCUUCUAAGGAAUUGCUACAAGGAUUUGUUAAAAUGCUUCAUAAGUUUUCAUGAUUUUCUGUAUUUCUGUUAAACUCAGCUAUUGUUAAUGCCGGAAUCUCCUACUAUGAAUAAGUGCUUGGAUUUAUUAUUUAAACCUAGUGAAAAAAAGUUCUAUCUCCUGGGGGGAUUAGGAGAGGGGAAGAAAAGACAUUUAAGUUAUUGAAAAAAAUGUGCAAUGUUCUAAAUAAUAGCAAAUACUAGUUGAGGUACUUUUCAUGGUUUGGUCAUUCAGCUUAAAUUUGAACUUGGCUUAUUUUACAUGUUGUUGAUGUACAUUAUUUCUGAUUGUUUUAUAUGGUUUAAAAGUUCUGCCUUUAAAGAAAUUCAGAGAAUUCGCCUGAUACAAAUAUAAAUUUCUUAGGAGGUCAAAGUAUGUGUAUCAGUAUUGAAAUAUAAAAAGUCCAGUGCUCCAAUAUAAGGAAGUUACUGUUUUGAAAUAAAGCAAACUUACUUUC